AUGAAAUUAAUUUACUCAAACAAGAUGCAGGCUAUCUCCAGAAUUAUUAGACCAGUAGUUCAGGCUGCCUCUAAAAGACGAGCCUACUCCACAACUUUAUCACCAUAUAGCGGCACCGUUCAGAAUCUUCGACUUACAAAGGAUACUAAGGUUGUCUACCAAGGAUUUACAGGAAAGCAGGGAAGUUUUCAUGCCCAACAAGCCAUAGAAUACGGAACACAAGUUGUUGGAGGGACUAAUCCUAAAAAAGCUGGUAGUACUCAUCUUAAUCUGCCAGUAUUUGCGACGGUGGAGGAUGCUAUGAAGCAAGUUGGUGCGAACGCCUCUGCUAUUUUUGUCCCCCCUUCCGUAGCUGCUUCUAGUAUUGAAGAAGCAAUUGCGGCUGAAAUUCCUCUUGUUGUCUGUAUAACUGAGGGAAUCCCACAGCAUGACAUGGUACGAAUUACAGAUAUUUUAAAGACACAAGGAAAAACACGUCUACUAGGUCCGAAUUGUCCCGGUAUUAUUGCACCAGGACAAUGUAAGAUUGGAAUUAUGCCAAGCUUCAUUCACAAAAGGGGUCGAAUUGGUAUCGUAUCUCGUUCUGGAACUUUAACUUAUGAGGCUGUUAAUCAAACAACCCAGGCUGGACUCGGACAAUCCUUAGUCGUCGGAAUCGGUGGUGACCCAUUCUCUGGUACAAACUUUAUUGAUUGCCUGAAGGUUUUCUUGAAAGAUGACGAAACAGAUGGUAUAAUUAUGAUCGGAGAGAUCGGAGGCUCUGCCGAGGAAGAUGCCGCAGAAUUUCUUAAAGAAUAUAACACAAGCAACAAGCCCGUAGUUAGCUUUAUCGCAGGAAUUUCAGCACCACCUGGGAGAAGAAUGGGACAUGCUGGUGCCAUUGUCAGCGGCGGAAAGGGAGGUGCAGACUCAAAAAUAUCUGCACUAGAGGCAGCUGGAGUAAUUGUAGAGCGCAGUCCUGCUCUUCUAGGUAAGACACUGUACGGGGAGUUUGUUCGAAGAGAUAUGAUAUGA